AUGGUGAAUAGCAACAGCAUCGUCUUCUCGAUCACUACUGCUAAUCGUUGCUGUUGUUACUCCUCUAACACUGCUGCUCUUAUUCAUUACUCAUCAUCUUUCAAGCUUCAUAAUCAGUUGCGAAUUAGUUUUGGAUUUUCUUCACAAUUAGGUCCCUUCACUUCUACAACUUCAACAACAUGGCAUCAUGCUAUAUCAUCAGAUUCUCAGGGUGAAACAUCUGCAUCAGCUGGUGGAUACUGGGACAACCUUGGAUAUAAUCCUGUGCCAACUGACUUCAUGUAUACUAUGAAAUGUUUGGAAGGUGAGGAUUUUUCAGAUGGUGGCUUGCAGCCUUUUGGGAGCAUUCAGUUGAUACCAUCAGCUUGUAUCUUGAACUAUGGGCAGGCAAUAAUUGAAGACUUGAGAGCAUACAAGAAACAAGAUGAUUCUAUCUUGUUAUUCCGUCCUGAGGAACAUGGAUUACGGAUGACAGUAGGUGCUAAUCGUCUGUGUAUGCCAGCACCAACUAUUCAGCAGUUUGUGGAAGCUGUAAAAGUUAUUGUGUCGGCAAAUAGGCGUUGGAUUCCGCCUCCUGAUAAAGGCUUUUUACACAUUCGAGCACUACUUAUGGGGACUGGAGCUGUUCUCAGUGUUACACCAGCUCCUGAAUUCACCUUUUUUAUUUAUGUUACUCCUGUUGGGAAGUGUUUUGAGGAGAGUUUAAAACCGAUUAAUUUGGUGGUGGAAAAUGAAGUUCAACGUGCAACUUGUGGUGGGGUUGGAGGUGUAAACGCUAUAAGCAACUAUGCUGUGGUUUUGAAGGCUCAGGCGGCAGCUAUAGCAAAUGAUUUCUCUGAUGUUCUGUUUCUUGACUCUGUUCACAAUAGAUAUCUGGAAGAGGUUUCCACUGCUAAUAUUUUUGUUGUGAAGGAUAAGACAAUCUCUACUCCAGUACUAAGAGGGACGAUUCUUCCUGGCAUAAAACGAAAAAGUAUGAUUGAUAUUGCUUGCAGCCUAGGUUUCCAGGUAGAGGAGCGACUUGUAUCAGUUGAAGAAUUGUUUGAUGCUGAUGAAGUCUUUUGCAUUGGAGAUGCUGUUUGUUUUCUACCUGUGGGCAGCAUUACUUACUUGGGUAAAAGGGUGUCUUACAGAGAGAGCAGACUGGGUGCUGUGUCACAGCAGCUCUACUCGGCACUUUCAAGCAUACAAAUGGGUCUAACAGAAGACAAAAUGGGUUGGACAAUGGUAUUGAAGUAAAAGUAAGGAGAAAAGCAAGAAUGUUAACUGCUAUUUGUGAAUCUUGAAAUUUUGACGUUAUAAUUAAGUUGCUAUAGUUUAAUUGCCGAUCCCUUGUGAUCGCUGAUCGAGUUUAAUCGCUUCUUCUAGAUGAAGGAAAUUCCAUUAUUUAAAUUAAGACAUACAGGCCCCAUCCCUUAUAAACAAAAACAAAAGAAACAUUAUGGCCCGAUCACUUAAUGCAAAGUGAUAUAAAUGUCCAGCUAGCUAGUUCCUUUACAUUGACAUCUUCCAGCUGUUUCGCUUUGCAGUUUUACUUUCCUCUGAUGGCAGACAUUAUAUGAUAGUGCCGUCCAUUGCACGAAUUCCAGUUGUAGCUCUAGCAAAUAAGUCUCUUCUUUAGCCAAUUACAUUCUUUUUCUCAAAAUUUCCAAGCGGAUAUAGACAAUUAUAUUGAGCUGAGUGGAGUAGUAGUGAUUCCAUCUAUCCUUGUGACACUGAUAGAUGACGAUAUGAUAGCUAUCCCAUCCCAUGAAUUUUGAGCUCGUGUACUCCAAAAUGUCGCACACAAUGAUGUCCCAAUUGGAAAAGUUUUAGGCUAAGGUUCAGUCGCUGAAUUUGAGCCAUGUCUUGUGGCUGGGUCCCUGAAAGCUAGAACACAUCUCUAAAUGAAGUGUCUCUACAGAAUUCUGUGUAAUAAGACAAAUUAAAAGUGUAUCGCAUGAAUGAGUACCUAUUUACGUUUUCUUUUUGAGUUUUAAGUUUUAACGUUUAAA